CCGCUGAACGAUGCCGGAGGAGAGACAAGUAGGAGCAACAGCAUUUUCUUCUUCCAUCACCUUCCUUAUAAAAGGCCUUCACCCCAAAAAAAAAAAAAAACAUUUUCACGUUUUUUCCUGUCCAAUUCUCUCACUUUCCCAAACAUGGAUAACGAUGGCGGCGAAGCAGCAAGGGGGAAGAGCGUUGGAAUCUCUCGUGUUGUCCUCAAUGAAAGGAUCCUUUCUUCAAUGACUCGAAGAUCCGUCGCUGCUCAUCCAUGGCAUGACUUGGAGAUCGGACCUGGUGCUCCAGCAGUAUUUAACUGUGUGGUUGAAAUUGGCAAAGGUAGCAAGGUCAAGUACGAGCUUGACAAGACCAGUGGUCUUAUAAAGGUUGAUCGUGUUCUGUACUCAUCGGUUGUUUACCCGCAUAACUAUGGUUUCAUUCCAAGGACUAUUUGUGAAGACAGUGAUCCUAUGGAUGUCCUGAUUCUGAUGCAGGAGCCUGUGUUACCCGGUUCUUUCCUUCGUGCUCGUGCUAUUGGGUUAAUGCCCAUGUUUGAUCAGGGUGAGAAGGAUGACAAGAUUAUUGCUGUAUGUGCUGAUGAUCCUGAGUUCCGUCAUUACACUGACAUCAAACAGCUUCCUCCUCAUCGCCUGGCUGAAAUCCGGCGCUUCUUUGAGGACUACAAAAAGAAUGAGAACAAGAAGGUUGAUGUAGAAGACUUUUUGCCAGCUGAGAGUGCUAUUGAAGCCAUCAAGUAUUCCAUGGAUCUGUAUGCAUCUUACAUUGUUGAAAGCUUGAGGAAGUAACUGUCUUUGUGACUAUUUGGUCAAUUGCUGUAACAUUUUACUUGUUGGAUAUAAUAUUUGUGUGGCUAGACUUCUAGUAGCAUGCCUCUCUUGGUGAAACUUAUCUAAUAUAUUCAUGCUUUGAUAGUGCCUUCUGUUGCACUUCUUAUAUACUGAACUUUUUACUAGCAUGUAAUCUGUUGUCUAUCGGCUAUUGCUCAUGGAAGGGAAAGAUUCCAGUUUCAAA